GCCGCCUGGCCCUUCCCUACCAGGCUGAGCCUCUGGGUGCCAGAAGCGCGGGGCCUCCGGGGGAAUACGUGCGGUCCCUCGCUCCGCGUGCGCCUACGCCGUCUGCUCCAGUUACUUUACCAAUUGAGCGGAAAAGCCGGGGCAUGUUGCCGGGGCCCUGGGCGGGACUGUUGUGCACCUUCCCGCCCACGGGCUGCCCAGUCCCGCUGCUUGCGGCCCCUGCCAACGUCCCCCAGGUUGGAAACCAGACCCUGCAGCCCCCAGCCAGCCCGAAGGAAGCCUAGACUGACUUCGCAGGGUAAUGGGGAUCCAGAGGUAGCUCUGUGGGGCCCCAUCAGAGCUUAGCAGGGCUUUCUGUGUGACACCGUGGGACCUGAACUGGGGAGGUCCCCUUUGCUUAGAAUUACAGGGGGCAACUGUAGGAAACAAUUACAUCUAUUAUGUGCUAAGGAUUGAGAGUUCUAUGGAUUGAGGCCCUCUCUAGAAGGCUUAGAAGUGGGGUAGACGGGGUGUGUGUCUGACUUUGUGUUUUGCUGGGGUGGUGGUGAGUGGGUGUAGAAACUAACCUAGUGCCAAGUGCAGUGUCUGUCAACUAGUAAGUUAAUAAACCUUUCGUGAAUGAAUGAGAAGGUUCUGUGACUGAGGGAGCAGGGCUAGAGAGGGCAUCUCUGCUCAUCCCACCCCUGCCUCCCCUGGGCUCAUGCAGACAAAAGUAAUUAGGUUGAACCUUUAAUCAAAGCUGGUUUCACAGGCAAGCAGACAUGAUAGAGGAGGUAAAGGCAGAAAUCCUGGGGACACAGGGUGCUGGCCUGGCUCACAGGCAUGCCUCCUUCUGGGACCUCCUCCACCCCCUGCAGUUUGGCGAUCAGUAAUCUCUUGUUUUCUUGUUUCCCUCAGGACACUGGGUCCCCUAGGAGCCUCCCCAGGCUUAAUGAUUGUCCAGGAGGUGGCUAUAAAGGGAGCCUGGGAGGCUGGGUGGAGGAGGGAGCAGAAAAAAUCCAACUCAGCAGAUCUGGGAACUGUGAGAGUGGCAAGCAGAAGCUGUGGUCAAAGGCUGUGCGUCUUGGCUGGUAGGGCCUGCUCUUUUCUACCAUGGCAGCCCAGGGCUAUGGCUAUUACCGCACUGUGAUCUUCUCGGCCAUGUUUGGGGGCUACAGCCUGUAUUACUUCAAUCGCAAGACCUUCUCCUUUGUCAUGCCAUCAGUGGUGGAAGAGAUCCCUUUGGACAAGGAUGAUUUGGGGCUCAUCACCAGCAGCCAGUCAGCAGCUUAUGCUAUCAGCAAGUUUGUCAGUGGAGUGCUGUCUGACCAGAUGAGUGCUCGCUGGCUCUUCUCUUCUGGGCUGCUCCUGGUUGGCCUGGUCAACAUAUUCUUUUCCUGGAGCUCCACAGUACCUGUCUUUGCUGCCCUCUGGUUCCUUAAUGGCCUGGCCCAGGGGCUGGGCUGGCCCCCAUGUGGGAAGGUCCUGAGGAAGUGGUUUGAGCCAUCUCAGUUUGGCACUUGGUGGGCCAUCCUGUCAACCAGCAUGAACCUGGCUGGAGGGCUGGGCCCUAUCCUGGCAACCGUCCUUGCCCAGAGCUACAGCUGGCGCACCACGCUGGCCCUGUCUGGGGCACUGUGUGUGGUUGUCUCCUUCCUCUGUCUUCUGCUCAUCCACAAUGAACCUGCUGAUGUUGGACUCCGCAACCUGGACCCCACACCCUCUAAGGGCAAGAAGGGCUCCUUGAAGGAGGAGAGCACCCUACAGCAGCUGCUGCUGUCCCCUUACCUGUGGGUGCUCUCCACUGGUUACCUUGUGGUGUUUGGAGUAAAGACCUGCUGUACUGACUGGGGCCAGUUCUUCCUUAUCCAGGAGAAAGGACAGUCAGCCCUUGUAGGUAGCUCCUACAUGAGUGCCCUGGAAGUUGGGGGCCUUGUAGGCAGCAUCGCAGCUGGCUACCUGUCAGACCGGGCCAUGGCAAAGGCGGGACUGUCCAUCUACGGGAACCCUCGCCAUGGCCUGUUGCUGUUCAUGAUGGCUGGCAUGACAGUGUCCAUGUACCUCUUCCGGGUAACAGUGACCAGUGACUCCCCCAAGGAUGUUGCUUUCUGGACUCCGGCUCUUCACCCUCUCGCAGAGCUCACAGGCUUUACAGAGCAUGAGCUCUGGAUCCUGGUAUUAGGAGCUGUAUUUGGUUUCUCCUCGUAUGGUCCCAUUGCCCUGUUUGGAGUCAUAGCCAACGAGAGUGCCCCUCCCAACUUGUGUGGCACCUCCCACGCCAUUGUGGGACUCAUGGCCAAUGUGGGCGGCUUUCUGGCUGGGCUGCCCUUCAGCACCAUUGCCAAGCACUACAGCUGGAGCACAGCCUUCUGGGUGGCUGAAGUGAUGUGUGCAGCCAGCACAGCUGCCUUCUUCCUCCUACGAAACAUCCGCACCAAGAUGGGCCGAGUGUCCAAGAAGGCUGAGUGAAGAGUCCAGGUUCCAGAGCACCAUCCCACGGUGGCCUUCCCCCUGCACGCUGUCUGGGGGAGAAAAGGCGGGGCCUGCUUGGCUAGCCCUGAACCUUUCACUUUCCAUUUCUGCGCCUUUUCCCUCACCCAGGUGGCGCUGGAAGCUAUCAGUGGCUAGUGAGGUCCCAGUUUCCCCGGUCCUAUGCUCUAUUUAAAAGAUAACCUUUGGCCUUAGACUCCAUUAGCUCCUAUUUCCUGCCUUCAGACAAACAGAAAACUUCUGCAGUCAGGAAGCCUCCUGUACCCUUCUUCUUUUCCUAGGCCCCAUCCUGUCCCCAUCCUACCCCAUCCCCACCUGAAGUGAGGCUAUCCCUGCAGUUGCAGGGCACUAAUGGCCCUUGACUUCUGCUGGGCCCUAAGUCCUCUCAGCAGUGGGCGACAGCUGUUGCCAAUACCUCAGACUCCAGGGAAAGAGAGGCGGCUAUCACUCUCACUGUACCACUAGGCGCAGUUGGGUAUAGGUGGGAAGAAAAGAUGACUUGUUAUAGGAGAUUAAAACUAGAUUUGAUACUGAA